AGCGAUGGAACGCGUUGGUUGAAAUGCAUGCAUUUCCAACGCCACAUGAUUACCGCCAUCGUGGAUUGCAACUCCCGACGGUGCACACAAAGCCUAAGGCAUCCCCGGGACUGUCGCCUGCCGACCUGUUUACAGAACUUUGGCGAAGAGAUCCAGACAGAUGUUGAUAAAGUCGACGAGUACUGCUUUGCAUGCCGUGCCGCCCAAGCGCGCGCU